AUGGCCGACUCGCGAGAUGCGGGUCACGUCCCGACAUGGGAUGGAAGCGCCCGCAACUGGCGCAGGUACACACGUGAAGUGGCCUGGUAUGUUCAGUCUACCCCGGUCUACAAGAGGCGCUACUGCGCUUCAAAGUUGAUGGGCAAGCUUACGGGACCUGCCCGCCUUCUCGCUAUGUCAUGGCCUCAGAUGACAUUUGAUGCAGAGGACGGGACGAAGCGCCUGUUACAGCGCUUAGCCGGAAGUCCUCUCGUCCGCAAGUCAUUACCAAAUGCUGCAGCGAUUUGCCAACAGUAUUUUUCGUUUCGUCGAGGACAGCAAGAGUCCAUGGGAAGCUUCCUGGUCAGGGAAACGUUGGUUCAUGAAGAGUUUGUUGAGGCACUGAUUCGUCUUCAUGAAGAACAACUGGGCAUCUCGCAAGACAGCAGAGACUUUGGUCUUCCUCCCGUGGAACCGGAAGACACCUGGGAGAAUCCCUGGUGGGGUUCCGCGGAGGACUACCAGGAUGAAGACGCAUCGAGGGCCGAUGGUGAUCAAGGCCCUGAGACCCGACCUGCUGGUGACGAUCAAGAACUACCUGACGGAGCAGCUCCUGAGGUUCGCGGGGCCACCGGAUCUUCGCCAAGCCAUCGCAAUGCUGAGGCGACGCCCACCGAGGGCGAAGUACGUGAUGGACCCAAGAGUGCGAUCGAUGAGAUGUCGGUGGCUGAUUCGUUCAUAAUGGGAGUGCUGCGAGGAUGGAGGCUGCUACAAGCAGCCGGAUUGUCGGCUGAAGAAAAACGAGAUAUCCUAUCGACCACCCGCAACAGCCUGAAUUACGAGGUGAUCUCUCAGGCUUUGCAGGGCUUGUGGGAUGAGCAGCUUCUUGGACACCGCCCACCUGGAGGAGGCCACUUGAAUUACGUGGACAAUACGGAUGCCUCCUACCUGAAUUACCAGGACUACGAAGAGGAUUGGGAUGAUGGAUGGAGUUCCUGGUGGGACGAGUCCACUGCCUACUACCAGGAGCCCGAUGAUGAUUGGUGGGAUGGAUCUUGGGAGAGUCCCGAGGCCCAGGCUGUGAGCACGGUGGAUGGCGAGGGCGACGAUGAUGGACGUCUUCGCGAAGCUCAACAGGCGGAGCAGGUGGCUGAAGCGCUGGCUUCCGAGGCACAAAGGACUUGGACGGAAGCGCAGAAAGCUACGGCUGCUCUACGGAAAGAUCGCGGCUUUGGUGCUGUGGUCCAGAAGGGCGGCCCACCUCGAUGCUACAACUGCGGCGGACCUCAUUUCGUCCGUGAUUGUCCCCGACAGGCCACUAAAGGAAAGGGCAAGGGCAUCUACAACGUGAUCUACGACGACUACUACACCCACAAGGGCAAGGGCAAGUCCAAGGGAAAGGUUCGCCCCAAGGGCUGGGUCCGGAACUCCAUGAUGGAAGCGCAGGCCCAGUGGAUGAAGGGCAAGACCAAGGGCAAGCCGCAACACCCGAUGCGAACAGUCAAUGCAUAUGCCACUGAGGCCCACUAUCUCGGUGGUCUUGAACUUCGUGAUUCCCUGGACUUGGCAUCGGCCAGCACGUCGGUUCCAGCUGAACCCCAGGAGCACAUCGGCAUGCUGGACAGUGGGGCCACGGCAUCGGCGGCGCCUGAAAUGGUGAUCCGCGGCCUCAUUUCUUCCAUUCUCACCAUGGACAAGAGUGCUACCGUGGACUUCGAUGCAUCCGCGCGACCGUACUUCAGGUUUGGGAAUGGGAGAUGGGGAAGAGCCUUGAGCCGUGUGAGUGUUACCAGUCGUGCUUCUGGAGUUCCUGUAACAUUCUCGUUGUACAUGCUGCCCAAUCCGCCUACUGCCAUCACCGAUCGAGCAUCAGUACCACCCCUUCUUGUUGGUAUGGACUUCAUCCAUGAAGUUGGUCUUCUUGUUGAUUUCAGGACGGGCCUAGCGAUGAACACUCGCGAAGAUUCACCUGUGAUCUAUGAAUUACCUCGGAAUCGCAAGGGCCACCUCAUGGUAGAUGUACGCCACCAUCUAACGAAAGGUCAAGUAUGUGAUCAUGGUCAUGUGCAUGCUUCGGUUCUACAAUCCCCAGCUGUGCCUGUACCUGAUCAGUCAAACAACUGGCUUGAGUUAAGUACCAUGUGGAUUGACAUGUCUGCUUGCGAUGAACAGUUUGAUCAGCAAGAGCGUGCAGAAGUUGAAGCUCACAUGUGGAAGUUGUUUGAGAAAGCUCGUGAUCAUGAUCCUCUGAUUGCUUCAGCUUCUACAGCUCAGAUGAACCGUGCCACGACGGCACAGCCAAAUCGAAAGCUCCUCCUCUGGACCCACAACGACGAGUACCAGGAGACACUCGGGAUCCUCGAGCGUCAAACAAGGUUUGGCCGUGGCUACAACCAGCACAUUGCGGACACACCGAAGAGCAAUGCUCACGGCGAGUGGGUUCACUGUGCAGUCUGCGACCUACGACUGUCGUACACCCCGCGAGAAGGGUCACAUGGUCAGACGACCAGUGUCAAGAAUCCGGCAAUGGUGCAGCGGAUGCUGGACGAGCUGCAGCCACUGAUGGGCGACUUCAUGCCAACGGCUACGAUCUGCAAGGCCAUGCAAGCCAAGAUCGACGCCGAGGAGACUCUCCGCACAGCGAUCAUCCAGCACAAGCAAUCGGCGACAACUUCGACUUCCUCGACCAUGGUGAAGACGACUACUCGGCGAACACCGCAGACCCCAGACAGCUCCAACGGAAGCUGGCAAAUGACGAUGGACAACGACCUCCCGGCAGCCUUCGAGGCCAACUCAUGGAGCCAAAUGCGCGAGCUCCGUCGAGUCCACCAACCACAACGUCUGUGGAUAUCCUUGCCUUGUGACAAAUGGUGCCCAUGGAACCGAUCUGAGAAAGAAUGGGUCCGACGACAACGUGAUCUUCAGAAGGGCAACAAGCUUAUCUGGUCAGCGGUGGAGUUUGUCAAGGAUACCCUCAUCGAAGCCCCCGACACAGAGAUCUAUUGGGAAUGGACGCAUCCCACCGAUGGUCUCAGCCAACCGGCUCUCCGGGAUCUAGCUUCCUUCCUUGACGAGGCCAAUAUUCCCUGGCUUCGAUGUCGAGUCGACGGUUGUGUCUAUGACCUACGCGAUCCCAAGACCCAAGGACACCUCCAAAAGAAAUGGUUAAUCAUGACAACCGAUGAGAAGUUCCACAAUGCCUACAGAGCUAAGGUAUGUCAUGGUGGCCAUCGACAUGAUCUACUACAAGACAUUGAAGUCAACAGCAACGUCUACUACCCAUGGAAACUGUGCUGUUCGAUUGCUCGCCACUGGAGCAGUCUCUUGGUACCGGUACGGCAUCUACGACUUCUUCAUCGACGAGAGGAUCUACGAGCUCUUCUGGAUGCGGAAACCCUCGAGACCAAUGAGUGUGACCACGCAAUCGACAACACCUCUCCGUCAACAACUACCAGAGUAGAUGAUGCUAUGAUUACCAUCGAGACCAAUGAGUGUGACGACGCAAUCGACAACAACCUCUCCAUGGACUUUGUUUUAGAUGACUAUGCCGUCAGUGCAUCUGGGUCGUUCAUCAAUGACUAUGCCGUCAGUGCAUCUGGGUCAAGUCGAAGAGCUACAGAAACUAUGGCUAAGGAGGCUAGGCGGAGCAAGGACUACUCCUUUGAGAUGUGCACCGACAUUGUGGAGUCCCUACAAGGUGAUCCCGGUAGAAAAGGCCAACUACACUCUCGUGGAAACCAGCCUGGGGUCACCAGCCUUCUUCUCGGCGGCUAUUCCCACGGCAAGUUCAGCGGUGUAAGCCGUCGCACAAUGGCCUAUCCCGAAACCGUACAGUACAUCAAUGAGUUUCUUCGUCGACUUGCCCCUCAAGAGCAAUGGUCCAGCCUACAAAUCACCUAUGGGAUCUCCGCGCUACCUCAUCGGGAUGUUCACAAUUUGAGGACGUCCAGGAACAUUCUGGUGGGUCUCGGCUCCUAUACCGGCGGCGAGCUCUGGGUUUAUGGCGAUCCACCUGGUGAACAACUGGAAGCACGGCGUCUACUACCAGACGGCUCCCGACCUCGAGGCUACCUCUUACCGACUCACCACAAGGUUGCCAUCUUCGACCCCAUGUCUUGGCAUGCAACCCAAAGAUGGUCUGGACGCCGCAUUGUGAUUUCGGCCUAUACUACAAGGCUGAUCCCAUGGAUACAAGCAUCCGACAGGAAGAUGCUCACUAUGCUCGGAUUUCCUCUUACUGAUCCUCGUGCGUACUCAAUGACAACGAUGGCUGUGGAACAAACCUCUGAUGAUGCCGCGAGACCUGCAGCCGAUGAACGUGAUGCACUACCACCACCUCCACUUCCAGAAGGCGUCACUCAACAGGAAGUUGAUCAAUGGCAAGCCAAGGUUGCCAAACUUCACAAAGCCGGUGGACAUCCUACAAACCGAAACUUGGCACGCAUUGUUUCUGAAGCUGGACACCCGCAAUGGAAAAUACAGAUUGCUCGAGACUAUCAAUGUCCUACGUGUUCCAGCCUUCGACCUGGCGGCACCAGUUCAAAGCAAAUUCCACCCGCCAGCACUCAUAAGCAAUAUGCUGCUUGGGAAGCUGUGGCUGUUGAUGCCGGCGAAUGGGUCCCACCGAAUUCCAAGAAGAAGAUCAACUUCCUCCUCUUCAUGGAUGUUGCCACCAAAUUACGAAUUGUACAACCACUUGAGACCUACGACUUCCUUCAAAGACGAUCCGAAUCCUCCCAGGACUUCAUCAAGGCCUUUGCUGAACGAUGGUUGGGAACCUUCCCAAAACCCCGAGUUCUCCUGCUGGAUUCGGCCAAGAGCUUUAUCUCAGAGAAGAUCCACGACUUCGCCUCCGACCUCAACCUGCUGGUCCACUACAUAGCUGAAAAGGAAAGCUGGGCUCAUGGUACCAUUGAAGCCGCUGUACAAGAUGUAAAGAUGACAGCGUCGGCCAUCCAUCUGGAAGCUCGCGAUCAACCCCUGGAUGUGACCCUCCAAUUGGCGGUCUCUGCUCUCAAUUCCACUGAGUUCACUGCGGGCUUCUCUGCAUACCAAUGGGCUUUUGGCCGAAACUUCAGUUUGACCGAUGAGGACCAUGUGACGUUCCAACAAAUGGACCCGAGCAGUGAUUUUGUUCAGCUUGUUACGUCGAGGCAAAAAGCAGAAGAGAUCGCGAGGACCACUCGAGCCAAGCGUGUUCUCACGAAGCUCAGCAAUACCAGUGUUCGACAACCACUACGCCUAUACAAUCCAAUGGAUCUGGUGAAGGUCUGGCGAAGAGUUUGGCCUCAGACCCAACACAAGGGGCCAAAAGGUGGAUUUCGAAUGUCUGCCCGACCACAUUGGGUCGGCCCUGGACGUGUGGUUUUCAGUGAAGUCCUACCUCACCAAGAACGAGAUGAUGAUCGUCGACAUAUUGUAUGGGUUCUGAUCGGAAAACAACUCUUCCGGUGCUCCACUCAUUCUGUGCGACCCGUCAGUGAGACAGAGCGCUUCGAGUACGAGACUACCAGCAACGAGGACCCGAGCACCUGGAAAUCCUUGUCCGAUCUGCUACCCAAGCGCGAGUACUACGACCUCACCGACCAAAUCCCUGAACAAGACGAAGUGGAACUUCCUGAUCUACCACCUCAACCAAAUGCAACAACCACAGUGAUUCCUCGCCGGAGGUUGACGCACAAAACUUCCUUCAGACCGGGCGACUAUGUCAACGACCCUGUACAAGAUCGACUACAACGGGAAACCAUCGAGGAAGCGACGGAACCUCCAUCGGUCAAUGACUACAACGAACCAGCUACCUCAUCCACUACCCUUCCGACUACUCGACCAAGCACGUCUGGUGAUGAUCAAGUACCCAAGCGGGCUAAAGUGGAAUCCCACAAACGGUCCAAGGUGGAGAACUACGACCUACGCUGGGUUGAGGAGCUGGAAGCCGGUGCUGCUGAGGAGCAGUCCUGUGGAGACUUGUUUUCAGCAAUGGAAGAAGUAGAUGACUUCUUACGAGUGGAGAUUGACAUUGGUCCAUUGGAGUCACACCGGCAACAAAAGAUGUUCCUUCGCAAUCCCGUCGCCUACAUGGUCAAAAAGAUGCGUGACACGGAAGUGGUGCUGAGCAAACUACCACCUCAUGAACGAGAACUAUUUGCACGUGCCAAAGCCAAAGAAGUGGACAGCUUCUUGAAGAACGAAGCAGUCCGGAAGUGUCUUGAUCAAGAUGAGGUUCGUCAAGCAUAUGGAUCUCAGAGGAUUGUGAAAGCUCGAUGGGUGCUCACAUGGAAGCUGGUGCCAACCGAUGAGCAGAAGGAAGCGCAGGCUGAUGCGACCACAAACCCCAAGACAUUGCAUGAUGCUCAUGGACGUCGCAAGGCCAAGGCCAGGAUUGUUCUUCUAGGGUUCCAACAUCCUUCACUGCUGGACCCCUCCUUCAAGACCUCGAGUCCUGUGCAAUCCACACUGGGUCGCAACUUGCUCUACCUUUUGGCGGCACACUAUCAAUGGUCACUAGAAGGUCUCGACUUGGCUACUGCCUUCUUGCAGACCAACCCAACGGCCGCUGAUGAGCAACUUUGGACCACUGGGGUGCAAGAGCUACGUGAAGCACUUGGCAUUGAGGACGAAGGCAUCAUGCGAAUACUCCGAAAUAUUUAUGGGUCGACAACGGCACCCCGCGGACUCUGGCUUGAUUUGCACAAGAAACUCACGCAGCUUGGAGGAAUUGCAGUUCUCGGUGAGCGCUGCUUAUGGGUGUGGUUCUCAAAGCAGGACACCGAUGCCUUUGGCUUUCGCAAGCUGCUUGGUGCAAUGGGCGGCCAUGUGGACGACUUUCACAGGGUCGGCAACAAGGAGUCCUCGGAAUGGCUUGCAAUCCGCGAUCAGAUUGACAAGGCCUACAAGUGGGGAAUGGCCAAAACCGGCUCAUACCGUCAUGCCGGCACAGAUGUGUCGACUGAAGUGGACGCAGACGGCUACCAGAAGAUCGUGGUGGACCAAUCGUACUACAUCGAAGGCCUACAGGACAUUGAGAUUCCACCGGAGCGCCUCAUGCGUGAUGAUCGCAUGACCAGUCCAGAAACGGCCGCCUGCCGAGCAGCCUUGGGAGCGCUACAGUGGUUGGCAGUGCAAUCACAACCUCAGCUGUGUAGCCGCUGCAACCUGCUUCUCACGGAGACCGUCACCGAUGGUACUUUGACCACCGCCCGUGAGAUCCAGUAUAUGAUCAAUGAGGUGCGCCGCGAGUCCUACAAGCUACAGUUCUUUCGACUUCCAAAGGCGAAACAUUGGACUGAGAUUGUCUUCAUCUCCAUGGGCGACCAAGCUCAUGGAAAUCGAGCCAAGGGGGACUCAACAGGCGGAAUGGUCACCCUUGCCGCUGGUCCAGUUUCCCUUCAAGGAGUUGUGUGCCCUAUGGUGCUUCUUGGCUGGCGCACAUGGAAGCUCAAGCGGAAGGCCAUUGGAUCGAACGACGCGGAGGUUCAAUCCAUUGUGGAAGCAGAAGAUCAAAAUUUCAGAGUGCGUCUACUGUGGACGGAGAUGAAUGGCGCUGGACUUGAGAAGCCCAUGCGGAAGGACCUGGUGGAGACCAUGGAGCAACAGGUCGUGCACGUGAAGGGUGUUCUGUGCACGGACUCACGAGGCGGCUACGAUGCUGUUGAAGUGAACGAGUCGCCGCUUCUUGGACUUUCCAAUAUGCGGUCAGCUCUUCAGGCAUUCCAGCUUCGUGACAAUCUUCGUCGUGCCGGAUGCGGUCUUCGCUGGGUGAACUCCGAGUACGACCUUGCAGAUGCUUUGACGAAGAAGAGAGCUGAUGCACGAGCUGGUCUGAUCAAGUUCCUUCAGACGUGGCAUUGGUCGAUAGCCUUUGAUCCGAGUUUUACUUCGGCUAAGAAAAGCAAGAAAGCCGGACGUACAGCAGUAGGAAAGGUGGAUGAACAUUUCCGCCUUCAAGGGCAAUCAGCUGGUUCGGCUGAAUCCUUUUUGGGGUUGGUGCAACGCUUGUGUUUUGACAUGUCAGCCGAACAGUUGUGA